AUGCUGCUUCCCUGCGGAAGCUGCUUUUCUGGAAGCCUGACACUCAUUAGGUCGCCUAAUCGUCAAGCCAGGCGGAGCGUCGCGCUCAUGACGGUUCCGCCGGCGACACCACCUGGAGCAGCGACUCCGCUUGUUCGCCACGCGCUUCUCGGCGCUUUGGCCACGACUGGAGCACUCUUGGCGGCAAGCUAUGUAUUCCGGGUGAAACUUAUCGAAUUUUUUAUUUGGAAGACGCACAGGCUUAGGGUUAGGAUUGGCUCGAUUGCCCGGCGGAAGCGAGGCUCCUACGAGUUGCACCGGGUGCGUUUGCUUGCACCGCCACCGCCGGCAGGCGUCGGUGAGCGCGAAGCGUGUAGCGUGCGCCUCAUUGAGACAAAGUUCGAUGAAGGUGCCGCGCUGCGGUCCUUCAUGCCCGCGUGGAUGAAGCCGGGUAGUGAAACCGCCGCAGUGGGCGUAGAUGUGGAACUUCAUGAGCCACAGGCGUUCCUUGAGUUCGACAACCUAGAGCUGACGGACUCGAACUGGCGACGCCUGGCCCGCGAAGUAGCCUCGACGCGGAAGGCAAAGGCACCAAAACGCAGUCGCGAUACGGCUACCGACGCGACUACUGGCCAGAAACUAGCACAGACUCGGCGCUUCGCCUUGGAGCGUCUUUCUGUUGCCGGAAGUGCACAUCUUCGAGUAGCAUCUCGAGCACUGAAUGAGAUGUUGCUACCGGACCUUGUUCUUAGUGGCGGAGAGAUUCGGCUACUGGAGCUUUCGCGCUCGCCCAGUGCAGCUUGCGCGGAGUUGGAACGAAUCGCGGCCCAGCGAAUGCUAACCGGCAACCUGGCUUCUGGGAUCAACGCUGACACGCGUCGUCGACUCGAACAUUACGCAAGGAUCGUACUCAGCAAGACAACGGAAGAGCUGCGGAUGCGCAGCCGCGAGCAUCUGGAUCGAAUCGAGCAGUUACUGCGAGAGACCCGAAAGACCCUGGAUGGCUUUAGUCUGCCGUCCAGCCAACGAGAUAAACUGCAAAAACAGAGCGAACGACUGCAAAAGAACCUGAGGCGCGCGAAUGAGUGGAUAGGCGGCUUGGAUCGCCCCGAGAAGCUCGCAUCCCCCGAAAAGAAGCCCGUUACGGAGAAAGAGGAGCCAUCCAGCGUACCAGGAGGCGAUGCGCAACGAUGA